UUUCAGGCUUUGAGCACCUUACCCGUUCCAGCUUAGGUGGUGAUCAAGUGGAAGACUAGAUAUAGAGGUGCAAAGGAGAGAUGGUUUCACAAUCAUUACAGCUGCCACUGGCUUCAUCAUCAUCUGCUGGACCUUCAAUGUUGUCUCACCAUUACCAUCUGUGCAGCAGUAACAUACCACUUUUCCAUUUUGGUAAUACCAACCAUGUAAACACUCUUCUCUUUCUUUCCCUCAAUCAUGUCAAUCGUCGUUACUGCCGACCAAUGGUUCAACUCGCUCGUGUUAGCAUGAAUGAUUCUGAGGCAGUAUUCCCCACAACUGGAACAGAUUUUGUGGAAGAAGAAUUAGAGCCAACUCCUGAGGAUCUCGAAUGCAUCAGCGAAAUUAAAAGAGUUUUGGAGCUGCUGAGGAAGAACAGGGACAUGAUUUUUGGCGAGGUCAAGUUGACUAUUAUGAUCGAGGACCCUAGAGAAGUUGAGAGAAAAAGGUUAAUUGGAAUUGAUGAUUCCGAUGGACCAACAAGGGAGGAGUUGGUUGCUGCUUUAGAAGAAGUUAACGAUGGAAAAAUUCCAAGAAAUCGUUUUGCCCUACGUAUGCUCGCAGAGGAGCUGACUAACUGGCCGAAUUUGGAGGUAGCUCCUAAGAAAACAACAAAGAGCAGAUCCCUUUACGCAAAAGCAACUGAUACAGGUAUUGAUCCUAAAGUAGCUGCGAAGAGGCUCAACGUUGACUGGGAUUCAGCUGCUGAGAUUGAAGCAGCUGACACCACCGAUGACACUGAAGUACCUAAGGCAGUGGUAGCAAAAACAAGUAGUUUGAUGAUGGUGGAAAAGAUGGAAAGGAACGUAAACAUUUCGGAAGCAGGGAAAUUUCACGUCUUAGAGGUUUUUGUGCUUCAUUAGUGAAUUGAAAGCUAUGAGUGUGAAUCAAGAUUGUGGAGGCAGUAGGAAGGAUGUUGCAUUCCACAGAUUCUUGAGGGGAAGAAUAAUCUUUCUGGAUUUACAUUUAAGAAAUUUGCUUUGUUGUAACAUUCUGCAGAUGAAACAAUGGGCUAAAAUCUUGCUUUUAGUAAUGUUGUUUAGUAUGUUAAAGAUUGCUAAUUUGCUCAUUUCUGGAAAAGAUGGCAAACAGAAAAGCUCAGUAUAUGAAAUAUUUAUUUUUACUCUUAUA